AGCUAUUGAGGAUUCCCUCUUGUUUAAUUUGCAUUUUGAAUGCUGGUCAAGAUUUGCACAUACAAACUGAAGUUGUUCAGAUACAAAACUUUUUGUCAUUUUAUUUUCUAAUUUUUCAUUUGCUUUUCAGCUCUGGUGAAAAGUUGACUCGGUUUUUUCUUACAAUUUUUUGCUUAACCAAUUUGUUAGAGACAUCUUGAGCAAGUGAAGAAUACCAUUAUGGGCAACAAUAUAUGAGUUUGAUUUGAUUGCAUGUGUAAAAUUUUAUUACUCUAUGCUAUAUAUCUUGUGUAAUUAACAAUUACCUCUUCUGACAAACAAUUCAAUCAAAAAUCCAGUAAUCCAUAUGCCACAACACGUUUUCCAGUCACCAUUAACACUUUUUCCAUAAUCCACUGAUAAUAAUUAAUCCAGUUAUAUAAACAUAUAUAUAUAAAUAUCAAUAAUGCAGUCAACUUUUUUUUUCUCUUUGUUUUUACACAAAAUUUCAAUAACAACCAAUGUGCGUAAUUGGUAUUGAUUUGGUGUGGAGAUUGGAUCAGGUGUGAGGAUUGGUAUAUGCCUACCUUAUGCAUGCCAACUUGGGAGAAUAUGGGUAAGUCUGUAAUGUCUUGGUGGUUUGAUUGGCUUAUGUCAUGAGUUUGGAAACCAAGUGUGUGUAAUGGCAGUGUUUGUCGUCUUUGGCAUGACGGGUAACCAGCUGGGCUGAAAAAGUGGAUGACUCGAAUUCUGCUGCAGGAGAAAAUUAAAAGCAAAGAAAUUUGUAGGUGAAGUUUGAGGACACUUUGCCCUGUCACAUGAUCCCUGACACCAUUUAUAAUAACCCUCAGCUUUCUUUAAUCUGGAUACUUUUUUAUCAAAUGAAUCAACUUACUCCCCUCAUACCCACAGAGAUCAUUGUUUAAUCCUAUGUGCCCGGGUUGGGUUCACGGGACACAUACCACAACGUUUGUGAAAGAGUGUCAUUUAACGUGGUAUUAUGUAUUUGAUGUCAAGAGUUAUCGACUAUUCAUUUUACUCUAUAAUGCUGAGUUAGUGUUAGUUUGUGGUAGAAGAGAGUAAAUACCAGAUACGGUAUAUAGGGGUACUGAAACAAAACUGUAGAUAUGCAUUUCAGAAGUUCUAGAGGUUAUGCAAAUUGAACGAUACGUAUUCUUAUUCUUCACAUGACCAUCACCUUGCACUCCAACUUAUUAGAAUUUGAGACACUGACAUCAUCAAUUCACAAACAUGUAACACAUCUGAUUACUUGUGUACAAAAGACUUGUACAUUUUCAUAAAAGCUUGCCACAUUUCAUGUAGAAAUAUCUAGUAAAUUUACAAUUAUAAUCAACAUUCUUUCUUCAAUAUAGUACAAUGGACUGAACCUGUGCACAUUCAAUCAAGCAUUUUAUGUUACACCUUGUCAAAUGCAAAUACAACAAAUCCACACCUUUACCCUCAUCUACAUAAACAGUAUCCUCUUCAAAAAAUGACUAUCCAACAAAGUUUUAAACUUAGUUAAAUGACUUUGCAAAGCAUCUUUUAUUGGACUUUAAAAAAAACUGUUCCAACCAUUGUUUUAAGACUAAUAGGACUAUAAUUACUGGGACAAUUUUUAUUAACUUACCUUCAAAAGAAUAGGAACAUUAGCCAAUGCCCAAUCCUGUGGCACCUGCCCACUAUCAAGGACCUAUAAAAAGUAGUGGCUCAUAUAUCCAAUCCUUAACCUCCUUCAGAAUCUUUGGGGAAAUGUUUUGUGGCCCAGGAGCUUUGUGUUUCUUUAAAGUUCCCAAAUUUCCUUAACAAGUUCGGGAUUAAUGUGAUCAUCUUGUUUUCGUCUACCAAUUGUUCAGGACAUGGAAUACUACUUAAAUCUUCAUUAGUAAAAAUUGAAGAACAAUUAGAAUUUAUUAACCCAGGUUUUCAAUGGAUUUCAUUGUUACCUUCACCCCUGCCUUUGUUUCAGCAAGGAAACUGCAAAUAUCAAAUCAGAACCAAAUAAGUUAUGGAAACCUUCAGUUAUUCCGAGGGAGUGGGAAUUUGGAGCUUGGAGGCCCUUUUUCCUGACAGUAUGAUAAAUGUGGAUGAGUCAAACCUCAAUAAUCUCUUGGUAGAUUCAGCUGUAGAUUGUACCAAAACCAUUGUUUCUCAAGUUUCAGAUAACCGGAAGUCUGAACCUGAAGUUCGAAGUACACUCAGUCUGGAGGAAAAUGAUCUACAAGACUGGAUGGAUAAAAACGUGGACUUCUCCUUUACGGAAGGUCUGGAGCAUCUUUUGACAUCUUUUGUGGACAAAACAGACAUCGAUGACGUGGCCCUCAUCACUUCCGAUGAAGCACUUGAUUCUCUGAAGAACUCUAAUUCUUCAGACACUACAGACGGUUCAAUAAAUAUUCCAACUAAUAUUAUUGAUGACUCUUUUAGUGUACACUCUCCACCACAAUCACCCGUUGGAGAAGUACCAGACAGUUAUAGUGUCCUCAGUUUUGUUAGCAGUAAAAGUGGUGUUUUAUCGUCUACUGUUGAUGAAAGUUCACCAGAGCUUUCAGUUGAAGUUUCACCUAACACCCAGAACACUUCCAUUAGUUUUAAGGUUUGUGGUAAGGGUAAAAACAUCCAAGUGAUGAAGUCCAUAAUUUCAUCAUGUCCAACGAACACAGCUUCAACUGCUCGGUGGUUAUUGGAAGAACUUAACAAUUCUGAUGCUCUUCCUGUUGAUGAUCCUGAUAAUUUUGAAAUUGAGAAUAAAGAAGUUUCAGGAGAUAAUCAGAUGAAACAACACAGUUAUAAACCAUACAGCUUUACACACCAUCUCUGUGAGAGGCCUUGCUCACGUAUAAAAUCUGUUGGUGGUUCUAGUAGCAAAGGGUUCUUUGCAGAUAAACGAAAAGAACGUAAGAAGAAGCAAAAUAAAGAAGCGGCAACCAGGUAUCGCCACAAGAAGCAAGCUGAAUAUCAAGUUUUGGUUGAAAAAGAGAAGAUUUUGGAAGAGUAUAACCAUGAACUAAAAGAUAAGGUGCAACAGUUAACCAGUGAAAUAUCUUAUUUAAAAGGUCUAAUGAAAGAACUCUUUAAAGUAAAGAAUUGGUAAUAAUGAUACAUUAUAAACUGUAGUUUACCUUUUUUUUAGUGUUUAAGUUUGUUUACUUUUGAAGUGUUAUAAAAUUUAAAAUUAAUUUUUACGUUGAAUUUUUGAUAUUAUAAUAGGUACUUAAUUUUAGUUGACUGUAUUAUUUAAAAUCCUAAUGUUUAUUAUUUUCAUCACUUACAUGUAAUCAUAGGCACUGAAUAAAUGGAAGUUUAA